CGAAAAUUAAAUGCAAAAUAGUUGGGGCAAAUGUUGCUGCGGGAGUCAAGACUAAGUAAUACAGUAAGAAGAUAUGAAGUUGGAGAGCUUCCCAUGUUCUUCUUUUGCAUAAAGUUUGCAUAUGUACAAAACCCAGGACUUUAAUGACUUUAAGAGGGGCAGAAUUACAUCUCUUGGAGCUUAAAACGGCAGAAUCACGUGAACCGGACUGCACAGUGUGGCCCUCACAAUUUAUUCUAAUAUUUCUUUGCAAAGUGCUUUUUGUUUCUAAAUAAAAGCUGUGCUUCUGAAACCUGUAAGUGAUGUAUACUGGCCACAUCAAAUCUUUUAAAAGUGUUUUCCAAAUCCAAAAUUGUUAGUGUGGAACAAAUGUUUGUUUUGGACACAGUAAAACAAGGGAUAUGGGAGGGCUGAUUUCAGAGACCACUUGCUGCUUCUGCUUUACACCUUAUCAUUUCUUCUCUUUUUCUUUCAGCCAAGAACUCUUAGGAUACGUAAUUGACCGUUUUGAAAAAACUUGUCAAAUAAUGUGUGUGUGACACAAAAGCUCAAAACAAAACAAAACAAAAAGCAGCCACCUUCAAGUGUGAUAGCUUUUCUGGGAAUUAACCAAACCACAUAAACAUUUGCCUCAGAAAAACCACUGCCAGAGCUCCCACACUACCACAUGAAGUCUUAGGAUUGAUUUAAGCUAUGCCUUAGUAAAUGAUGAAUGGAAGUACAGAAUCUGUGAGAAGAAUUCAGUGCUUAGCUUUGGCAUCAGGCAGACAAAAGUUAAGUCUUAGCUGCAAAUUACUAGCUCGCUGGAUUUCAGCAAAAUACUUGACGGCUUUGAAUCUGUUCUUCAACUAUGGAAUGACAUGUUAUCUCCUAGCGUGGUGACUGGCAGUGGUCCCACCCUGCAGAAUCAAAGAGUCUGGGCACAUGGUUUGAACAUGGUUCCAGAGAUGCUGGAGUAGAAGAUGGCAGGAACAUCUCCUUACUGACGUGAUAGAAAGAGAACUGAAGAUGCAUUUCUCUGUGAUCCAUUUUUGCUUUUCCUUGUGUCUAAUUCUGCCAAUCCCUAAUCUUUAGGACUCACCUCAAAAUCUCUUGAAGCCACCUUUUAGGAGAUGUGGAAAAUGUGUGUGAAGGGAGAGAGCAUCAAGAGCAGAAAGUUUAGGUCGAAGGGAAGUCCUACAUGUUGCGGGAGUGGAGAUGCAGCUAACGGCUGCGGCAUCGUUUUUGACCGUUCUACAGGAAGAAUCAGUGUCAAUUCAUACGUAUGCCCACUCUUUCCUCCAAGUCAUUCUGUUACAUCUGGAGCACAGGGACACAGGUGUCAGCAACGCAUGGUUGGAGACUCUUCUGUCUGUGAUAGAAGUAUUGCCCAAAGAAACCCUAAGACAUGAGAUUUUGAAUCCACUUGUUUCCAAGGCACAGCUUUCCCAAACAGUCCAGUCUCGUUUAGUUAGUUGUAAAAUUUUGGGAAAAUUGACCAACAAGUUUGAUGCCCAUACCAUUAAGAGAGAAAUACUUCCCCUGGUAAAAUCCCUCUGUCAAGAUGUAGAAUAUGAAGUUCGAUCUUGUAUGUGUCGACAGUUAGAGAAUAUAGCUCAGGGCAUUGGGACAGAACUUACAAAAAGUGUGGUGCUCCCUGAAUUAAUAGAACUCUCUAGGGAUGAGGGCAGCAGUGUGCGGCUUGCAGCUUUUGAAACUUUGGUUAAUCUGCUUGACAUAUUUGAUACAGAUGACAGAAGUCAAACUAUACUUCCCUUAGUGAAAUCAUUUUGUGAAAAAUCUUUCAAAGCAGAUGAAUCAAUUCUUAUUUCCUUAUCUUUCCAUUUAGGAAAACUAUGCCAUGGACUAUAUGGAAUUUUUACUCCAGAUCAACACUUGAGAUUUUUGGAGUUUUAUAAGAAACUUUGUACAUUGGGUUUGCAACAAGAAAAUGGACAUAAUGAAAACCAGAUUCCAACCCAAAUCCUAGAGCAGGAGAAGAAAUAUAUUUCAGUACGGAAGAACUGUGCUUAUAACUUUCCGGCCAUGAUUGUUUUCGUUGAUCCUAAAAACUUCCACAUGGAACUCUAUUCUACAUUCUUCUGCCUUUGUCAUGACCCUGAAGUACCAGUCAGAUACACUAUCGCUAUUUGCUUUUAUGAAGUGUCUAAACUUCUGAAUUCUGGAGUAUAUUUAAUACACAAAGAACUGAUAACGUUGUUACAAGACGAAUCACUAGAGGUACUGGAUGCUCUUAUAGAUCAUCUUCCAGAGAUACUGGAACUUAUGUCUACUGGUGGAGAAAGCAGCGUGCAAGAAAAUAAGUUAUUGUCUCUUCCUGACUUGAUUCCAGCCCUCACGGCCGCUGAGCAGCGAGCUGCAGCCUCCUUAAAAUGGAGAACUCACGAGAAGCUCCUACAGAAAUAUGCCUGUCUGCCACAUGUCAUAUCAAGUGAUCAGAUUUACUAUCGUUUCUUGCAAAGAAUGUUCACAAUCAUGAUGACAAAUAAUGUCUUACCUGUCCAAAAGGCAGCUUCCCGAACUCUAUGCAUUUUUCUACGUUAUAAUCGUAAACAAGAACAGAGACAUGAGGUCAUUCAAAAAUUAAUUGAACAACUGGGCCAAGGAAAAAGUUACUGGAAUAGACUUCGAUUUUUGGAUACCUGUGAAUGUAUUAUAGAGAUCUUUUCCAAAUCAUUUUUCUGUAAAUAUUUCUUUCUGCCUGUUAUCGAACUGACACAUGAUCCAGUGGCAAAUGUGAGAAUGAAACUUUGCUGCUUGUUGCCCAAAGUGAAGUCUACUCUGAAGAUCCCUGCAGACAAGCAUCUGCUUCAGCAGUUAGAAAUGUGUGUGAGAAAGCUCCUGUGUCAAGAAAAAGACAAGGAUGUCCUGGCCAUUGUGAAGAGAACUGUGUUAGAGUUGGACAGAAUGGAAAUGUCGAUGGAUGCCUUUCAGAAAAAAUUUUAUGAAAAAGACUUGUUGGAUCAAGAGAAAGAAAGAGAAGAACUACUUCUUUUGGAAAUGGAACAAUUAGAGAAAGAGAAGCAGCAGAAUGAUGGAAGGCCCAUGAGUGAUAAAACCUUUGAAAAGAAGCGUCGAGACACUAAGACACCAGCAGCUCUGCCCAAGAGCCUCCCCAUUGCUGUUGCUGGGCCCUCUUCUGGCACCUCAUCAACAAGCAAAGAAAUCAAGAAAUCCAAAUUGAUUCGAAGCCAGUCUUUUAAUAAUCAAGCUUUUCAUGCAAAAUAUGGCAACUUAGACAAGUGUACUAGUAAAAGUUCUGCAGCAGCAUAUACUCCUUCCGUUUCAGCAAAGACUUCUGUGAUUUCACUAACUGAUGACUCGUUCCGGACUCGUAAUGCCAACAGUGUGCCAGCUUCCUUUUCUCCUAAUACUCCCCUCCCGAGCACCUCCCGAGGGACAGGUAACUCCGCUGAUGCGAAGAGCAGUGGCAAAGAUGCACAACCACGGAAGGCUACCUUAAAAUCUAGAAAAUCUAAUCCUUAAAUCGUCUGCUUGAUGAAGGAGGCAAAACGAAGACAACUGGAGAUAAUGUGAUGGAUGGACAGAGGCUGAAGUGAUGGCGGGGCUUUUUUUUUUUUUAAAGGAAUGGAAAAGAGAGACCUGAUGGCAGCUGAUGUUACAGUUACCGUGUUUGAAAUUAGCUUCCCUAGGAGGUAUGGUAUAUAUUUCUUGAAGAAUAAUGUGGUAACAGAAUUCCAGCAUUAUAGUGAAGUGUAGCGAAAAACAACUUUAGGUAUGUGCUUUUAACUACUGCUGCAAAAGAGGCAAGUCAGCAUUUAUUUGUGCAGGAAACCAUCUAUUUAAUUGUUCUAGAGUUUUAGCAUUUAAAAAUUAUAUGAAAGUCCAAAUAAACUGAAAUUGCUUUAGCUAGAUAAUCACUUGGAGGGGGUCUGGGGCCUCAGACAAACUGCGUUUUCUCACGAAUUUCCAACCAACUGGAGUCACACGGAGAAGGGUACCAAUGGCCGCCCGCCAUUUUAUCAGUCCUGUGAUUGUGGCGAGCACGUGUUGUACAGGGACAUCCCGAAAUUUAAAUCUGUCAGCGAGAAUUCUACAAAGAUGUCUGAUAACUUUUAGCUACAACUACCUUCAAAAUAAUAGAUUGAUGAUUUCCUUUAUUUCCUAGAAGAAUUUAUUUUAUAAAUACUUUGUUUACAUUUUAGAUUGUACCUGUCCUCACUUAAUUUAAAAUGAUGAAUCUAGUUAGAAUCAGCUGUUAUUCCAAGCUAUCAUGCUUAAGCUAUGUCAACAGCAUUUAUUUGUACUAAUGCUAAUAUUUCCAUCAAAAUUUGCCUGUGGAAUAUACAGUUCUUAAUUUUAAAAUGUCAGUUCUUGAGAUAUACUGUAUGAAGCUAUUGUCAGCUUCUGUAUUUCACAAUGCAAUCAGCAUAUAACUAUAUUGAUAUUAGAAAAACACUUGUUUUUUAAAAAUAUAUUGAUGUAUGAUAAAGAUGAUCUAAUUUGUGAAUGCAUAUGAGUGUGUGGUUACUUUUUAUAAUGUGAAAUAAUGAAUAGUGAAUUUACUCAAAAUAAAACAUAGGUUAAUGAGA